AUGCCAAUCUGGGGUGAAGAGGUUGAUCGACAAGUCCUCAAUUUUGUAGACGUCUGUCGCAAUUUGGCGCCGGGGAAUCUCCACUGGAGCUUCACAAGCGGUCGUUAUCUGGGGGCUAAUGGAGAGUCCGUCCGAAGAACUCGCGUGAUGAGCGUGUCUACGUAG